AUGCUCGCUGCGAAAUUGCUACGCUCCACAAUGUGUGGAGUUUCUCGUCCAGUGACCAGAAUCUCUACCUAUCAGUUGUAUUCUACAAACGUGUCACUGAAAAUUCCUCCCAUCAAACGUGUAGGAGAAUCCCUGGAUCGCAAAAAAGCUCGCUUAGUCUACCAGUCACGUAAGAGAGGUAUCCUGGAGACGGAUUUGCUGCUUUCCCGGUUCGCAGCCAAAUAUCUGAACUCGAUGACUCCAGAAGAACUGGAUGAGUAUGACGCACUACUAGACGAACUUGACUGGGACAUCUAUUACUGGGCCACGAAAAACUACACGAUAACUCCGUUGCCGGAAAAAUUCAAAAAUUCUAAGCUACUCCUAAAACUGCAAGAUUUUAGUGAAAACAAAGACAAGGAGAUUCUAAGAAUGCCAGAACUACACGAACAAAGGUAA